CUGUUUAAGAGGGCCUUAAAGACGCCUCUUCAUGGUGAUUGCCAAGUUUGUGGCCAACCAGGUCAUGGAAGUCAUUUUGGUGUACUUACCUGCAGAGCAUGUGCUGCGUUCUUCAGGAUGCAAGAAUUUUUAACGAAUUACAAAGGUGAAGUAUUAAGGCGAACGGUAGUCAUGAACAGACACUACUCGUGCAGGCGUGCAAACGGCUCAUGUCAGAUCUCAAAGGAUGAACGGUACCUCUGCAGGCUUUGUCGAUAUAACAAGUGUUUAAGUCUCGGUAUGACUCCUGAAAAUGUCCAAUGGAAUCGAGAUGUGCUGUCGACAACGGUGGAGGGGAGGAAAAGCAAGAAGAAUAAUUUACCUGCUAGUGACGCAGAUGACAGAGACGAUUACGUACCGCAAGGGUUAACGAGAGCGAAUAUCAUGGCGAGUGAGAGCUCGCUGGAGGAAUGCGAAUCCACACCUACAACAUGUGAUACGGGUCCUGCGGAUGUGAAACCAGUAGCUGAAACCUGUGCAUCAAGGAUCUCAGAAUCAACUACGGUAAGUCUACAUGUGUCGUACUGCAUUGCUAAGAGGACGUUUUGCCAUAAAUGACG